AUGACUGUCGAUUUGGAGUUCAAACCCGCGCUCAUUAUCGUUGAUUUCCAGGAGGAUUUCUGCCCGCCAAAUGGCUCUCUCGCAGUCCCCGAAGGCCGCGACAUCGCCCCCGUCGUAAACUCCCUCCUCUCACUCCCCUUCACCAUCAAAAUCGCCACCCGCGACAGCCAUCCCCAGAACCACAUCUCCUUCGCCGAAAACCAUCCUGGCGCCGUCCCUCUGAAAUCGUACCACACCAUCGUCCACCCCACAGAUCCAACAAAGAGCGACACCACGCUCCUGUGGCCAACGCACUGCGUUCAAGGGACCACGGGUUCAGCCCUCGUACCCGAGCUGGACGCUGCAAAGGUUGAUGUCGUGGUGGACAAGGGAAUAGAUGCAAGGGUGGAAAUGUACUCUGCGUUUUACGAUCCCAUGAGGGUGAGUGUGAGUGAGCUGGGGGAGAAGCUGAGGGAGAAGGGCGUGACGGAUGUCUUUGUGGUUGGGCUGGCGGCGGAUUUUUGCGUGCGGGCGACGGCGGAGUCGGCGGUGGAGGAAGGGUAUAGGACAUAUAUCGUAGAGGAGGGCACGAGGGCUGUGAUGCGGGAGACGUGGGAGGCGGAGGGGAAGAAGGCGGUUGAAGGGAAGGGCGUGAGGAUUGUGAGCGUGGAUGGGGAGGAGGUUGCGAGGGUGCGGGAGUUGGCAUGA